AUGGACACCGGCGCAGUCAUCGUUGGGGAUAUCGUUCUUCAUUUCCUUGGCCGCAUAUCCACCCACGAAGCAGUGCUGGAGUUGGCCGUUGCUUACUCUGCGACCAGCCGCUUGGGCAUGUUCCUCAACCAACUGGGCUUCACGUCUGAGUCGUCACCCUCUGGUGACCACUCAUUUGCUUCGCUGUUUUACGAGCAAGAGGGGUUCCCUGAGGAGUGGGGAGAGGACGGAGAGGCACUUCUUUGUUCGUUCGAUUUCAUACGUCCUUCCAACGCAUCGAACUCGGUUAGGAUAUUGGUGGUCCGCGUCUGUCCCGUGGAUUAUGUGCUCGAUCUACCGUGCACUGCCGCUAUGAACUUCAUAACCCACCGCUCUGCGUAUUCUUUGUAUCCUCUGGACACAUUCGGUCGCUCACGGUCGCUUUGUUUGUCUGAACGUGGCCAGUCUAUGGCGGCGGACGCCCUUAUUGCCAAGUUAGCAGACGAAGGCUUCGCCCCGCUUCGGUGGUUGUACGAGCAGGAAGCCGGUGAUGCAAACGUGCCGUUCGGUAGAUGCUAUCGCUUCGUAGGCGAUGAGCACACGUGGGUGUUGCCGGUUUGGCCGGACCUGGAUUGCGUUGACAGCGACGUUGAUCUUGCGAUGUGGCAGUCUUGGUGUCUGCGUUUUCAUGCAUACCUUCCUCCAACGUCGAGGCGGACGUACUCAGCCGUCGCUGGUCCCGUUAUGAAAAGGCGGUAUGUGUCUGGUCAUCCUCUGGACUCGUCAGCGCCGACGUUGGGCUGUGUCUUUGCGGACAGUCGACUUCGAGGGCAGUUCUACAUGGUCGGGAGGUGGACGAGGGCGUGUGAGGUGUUGAGUUUGCGUAACGACGGCGCGCCGUCGAUAAUCCAGUUCACCGCGCUUCUUAGAGCCCGUGCAUGCAUCUGCGCCCCACGCCCUGAAGUGUGUACCGUCUUGGAUGCCUACGCGAAUGCGGGGCACAUGCAAGCGACGGCCGCUCGUUCGCUACAUGCGUACGCGAGCAGCUGCUUCUCCGCGAUAGCGCUGGUUCCGGGGGAGGGGUGUCAGCUGUUGCUCUUGGGGGAACAGAAGCGUCGUACCCUUGGCGACACGAUCCUUCACAGUCCUGAUGCGCGCGGAGAUGCCCGAUUGACUUUGCGCAGUACAUGUGUCGGAAUUAUCAAGGGCCCCGUGCCGGUGUCGAAUGUUGUCUACGUGUGGAACGUGCACAGCGUGCCUGUACAUGAGUCAGGCUGCGACGGAGAUGCCUUCCUAUAUACUUUGUUAACCUCGUAUCAGUCCACACCGUCCCCCUCGUCAUCCAUGCCGAUCCCUACGUCUGCUCAAACCACUGCCGCUCUUUCGGAGGAGGUGCUGACUUUGAUCAACCUCGCCUUCUCUGAGCGGGACGACGCAGUAAAAAAGAUGGAUGUCGCCAACGCCAACUUGUUGGACAUGAAAGAUCGAGAGGCUCUGGCUCAGAAGAGGGAGCUCGAAGCGCGCGAUGUGCAGCAGCAGCUGGCUCUCACAUGCCGUCGUCAGGCCGCUGACCUGCGUGAAGCCAAGAGGAACUUCGUCCUGCUGUACCAGAGCGUGACGCAUAAGCUCCUUCGCAUGCAGGAGAACCCUGACAGCGCUGAGGCGGUCGUCGUCGACGUGGAGCAGGCGCUGAAGCCUUAUGAGAUCACGAAGAUGAAGUACGACGACGACGAUGAGUUGGAGAGGUCCUUCGUCGACGAGUCGCACAUGUAG